AAUUUUAAUUGCAUAAUUAGUUAUUUAUUUACCAUUUAUUACAUCCCAUGUUCUAUUAUAGAUUAAUUUUGAGCUCAUGAUUCUUAAAUUAAUUCAACUGGCAGGAAUUAGCAACCCAAAAUGGCUUCCACAAAUAAACAGUUAAUAACUAUAGACUUUGAAGUUUUCGGCAAAGUUCAAGGUGUCUUUUUCAGAAAGCAUACUGCACAACAAGCCGAGAGAUUAAAGAUUACAGGCUGGUGUAUGAAUACAGCGAGUGGCACAGUGAAGGGACAACUUGAAGGAACCCCCAGAAGCGUUGAUGAAAUGAAAUCAUGGCUGCAAAAGAUUGGUAGUCCAAGCUCUAAAAUUGAGAAGGCUGAGUUUAGCAAUGAAAAGACUGUUACAAAACCACAAUAUAGCCAUUUUAAAAUCCGACGUUAAGCAUACGUUGUUUAUCAAAAUUGUAAUUGAAGAA